UAGAAAACAGCAAAAACCCACGUUAUAUAAUAAUAUAGCUGCACAGUGUUGCUCGACUUCAUCACAGCUCGAAUAAUCUGUUCAGCAAAGCAGCAGCAGCAGCAAGCAGAGAUACAGUGCAUAGACCAAAGCCAGGUCUCUCUAAAAGCUAGAAUAUUAGAAGAUGGAGGUUGUAUCUGCAAUCAUUGGUCCUAUUGUUGAAUCUCUAAUUGUUCCAGCCAAGCAACAACUGGGAUAUCUCUUUUCCUCCACAAAACAUGUCAGGGGCAUGAAUACUAUACUGAGGCAACUCGAUGGUGCAAGCCGUGAUGUCAAAAAGCAAAUGGACGAAAACAAUAUAAAUAAUCUAGAGAUACCUGAUCGUGUACCGGGUUGGUUGGAAGAGGUCGAAAAGAUUAAAGAAGAUGCUCAACGCAUUUCAAGUACUGGCAAUGGAUGUUUUAGCAUGAAAAUGCGGUACCAAGAAGGAAAGAAAGCAUUCAAGAUUACAGAGGAGAUGGCAUGUCUGAUUGAUGAAAAUAGUAAGAUAAUUUGGAGGAAUACUCAAAAACCUCUUGGGAAAGUAAACUCUAAAAACGCAUCCACUUCUGCACGGUUGGAUGGUGAUGCCCAUAAUCACUUCAAAUCCAGAGAGAAGAUCUUCAAUGAUGCGCUUGGGUUCCUUCAACAAGAUCAUAAAAUCCAAAUGAUAGCCAUAUGUGGAAUGGGUGGCGUGGGGAAAACCACAAUGAUGGAACAACUGAAAAGGACUACAGAAGAUAAGAAAAUGUUUGAUUAUAUUGUGAAGGUGGUUAUUGGGCAAAAGAUUAACAUGUUUUCUGUUCAGCAAGCUGUAGCAGAAUAUAUGGGCCAAUCUCUUACCGAAACAAGUAAAACAGCAAGAGCAGAUCAUCUUCGUAUGUCAUUUGGGAAUCUUCCAGAAGGUAAAAGAAAGGUUUUAGUGAUAUUAGAUGAUAUAUGGGAGCCAAUUGAACUCAAAGAUAUGGGACUAACUCCUUUGCCCAAUGGCUUCAAGUUGCUGCUGACAUCACGAUCUGAAUAUAUUUGCAAUAAAAUUGCAAUAGAAGCUGAGUCGGAUUUGACACUAGUUAGAGUGGAUGUCAUGGAGGAGUUGGAAGCACAGAAUUUCUUUUGGCAGAUCGCAGGCGUUUCAAAACAAUAUGAUAGGGAGCUCAAUCAAAUAGGAAGUGAUAUCGUGAGAAGAUGUGGGUUUUUGCCCCUUGCCAUCAAACUCAUUGCAACAACCCUUAAAUCUCAAGAAGCGUUUGUAUGGAGAAAUACCUUUCAACGUUUAAAGAAAAACAAUAUUGAUAAGAAUGUGCAAGAGAUUGUUGAGAUAAGCUAUAACCAUAUAAAAGAAGAGGAGGAAAAAUCGAUAUUUUUGCUGUGUGGCUUGUUUCCAGAUGAUUUUAACAUUCAAAUCGAGGAUCUAACAAGAUAUGCAUGGGGCCUGCAAUUGUUAGAAGAAGUUUCUACUUUGGCAGAUGCUAGAGACAGGACAAUGACAUGUGUGAACAAUCUCACAAAUGCAAAUUUGUUGAUAGAUGGCGAUUACAUUGGGGAUGUUAAAAUGCAUGAUCUUGUGCUUGCUUUUGUGCUAGGUAAAGUUUCUAAAGGUGACCUUCCAUGGAUGAUUAACCAUGAUGAUACUUUUAAGUGUAGUGCAGUCGGAAUGAGUGAGUCCUGCAAAAGUAUAUCUAUUACUUGCACGGGUAUGUCUGAAUUCCCUAGAGACUUCCGGUACCCAAACGUAUCUCUUUUGAGACUUACGGAUGGAGAAGAAUCGCUUAGUUUUUCUGAAGAUUUUUAUGAAAGAAUGGAAAAUCUUGAAGUUGUAGCAUAUGAAAAAAUGCAGUAUCCGUUGUUUCCCAGAUCACUUCAAUGCUCCACCAAGCUACGGACACUCCUUCUUGAUCAAUGCAUGUUGAUGUUUGAUUGCUCUGUUAUCGGAGAGCUCUUGAAUUUGGAAGUGCUCAGUUUUGCUGAUUCUGGUGUCAGAAAGUUACCAUACACAAUAGGAUAUUUGAAGAAGUUAAAGCUAUUGGAUUUGACGGGUUGUGUCAAUCUUCGUAUUGAUGAUGGUGUCUUGAAAAACUUGGUCAACCUUGAAGAGCUUUAUAUGAGCGUGGACAAUGAAAAUGCUAUUAGAUUCACAGAUGGAAAUCGUGAGGAACUAGCAGAAUGCUCAAAGCACCUUUCUGCAUUGGAAGUUGAGUUCUUUGACACCAAUAGUAUGCCCGAGAAUAUGUUUUUUGUGAAACUCAAAAAUUUCAAGAUUUCUGUGGGACGUAAUAUACAGGAUGAUACAGGCUUAAACAUGCACACGUCUAGAAACACGUUGAUGUUGCUCACCAAUAAAGAUGAGCUAUUGGAGUCUAGAGUGUAUGAGUUGUUUGAGAAAACUGAGAUGCUUUAUUUGGAGGUGGAAGGUAUGAAUGAUAUUGAAGAAAUUUUAGUGGAAUCUGUUCAUUGUCAUUCACAGUCAUUUAAUAAUUUAACAAUCCUAGAUGUUUUUAAUUGUGAAAACUUGAGAUACCUCUUCACAGUCCCCAUGGCAAAUGGUUUGAUGAAGCUUGAGCGCCUCACCGUUUCACAGUGCCCUGUUAUGGAAGCACUGGUAAAUAGUGAGAAUGGUGGAGAUGGGGUAAUUAAGUUUCAGAAGCUAAAGAUUCUAUUUUUGGAUGAGCUACCAGAGUUGGUAGGUCUUUGCAACACUGUUAAUAUAAUUGAGCUGCCACAGUUGGAGGAGUUGAGGCUUGAUGGCCUUCCUAAUUUCACUAGCAUUUACCCUGAUAAUACAUCUGCAACAUCUUCUAUGUUUAGUAACGUUUCUGCAAAUCAACCAUUCCUGAACAAAGAGGUGUUGAUUCCUAAGUUGAAGAUAUUGAAAAUCUAUGGUAUGAAUAACCUGAAAGAGAUAUGGCCUUAUCAAUUUGAUACUAGUGACGAAGUUAAUGCCUGCAUGUUGAGAGAGAUUGAAGUGAACAGAUGCGAUAAGAUCGUUAAUCUGUUCCCAAGAAAUCCGUUGUCGUUUCUGCGUUAUCUGAAAGAGCUUUUUGUUUCUGAAUGUGGAAACAUUGAAGUGUUAUUUAACAUCGACACGAGUUGUGUCGGUGAAAUUGAAGAAUAUAAUAGCAACUUGAGACACAUCCAUGUACAAAAUUUGGGGAAGCUCAAAGAGUUGUGGAGGAGGAAAGGUGAAAGUAGCUCUGAUAUCCUCAUUCGUAGCUUUCAAUCUGUAAGGAUGAUUAAAAUAGAAGAGUGUGAAAACUUUGUAAACGUAUUCACGCCUACCAUCACCAGUUCUCAUUUGAGAACACUUAUGAAUAUAAGUGUGGAUGGUAGGAGACGUUGGGAAGAAAGAAGCAGAAACAUUGAAUUCGUAGAAAAAAGCCAAGAGAUUAAUGUUAUACCCAAGGUAGAGAUUUCAGACGUGUAUGGUAGUAAAGCUGACAUUGAAUUCUCAGUUCAUCCCAAACCUACUCUUAAUCAGCUUGAAAAGCUUGACAUAUUGGAUUGUAAGGAGGUUGAAGUGGUGUUUGAGAUAGAGAGUUCCAGUACUAGCAGAGAUUUGACAACAACUUGGCAUAAUCAACAACCUGUACUACUUCCCUCCCUCAAGCUUUUAUGGUUAAGAAAUAUGGAGAAGUUGAGUCAUGUGUGGAAGUGCAAUCGGAACAAACUUGUAAUUCCUCAAAACCAAACAGAAUCCUCAUUCCACAACCUCACAACCAUAUACAUGUCUAAUUGCAAUAACAUAAAGUACCUAUUUUCACCUCUCAUGGGUAAACUUCUUCCCAGCUUAAAGGAGAUCAUCCUAAAAUAUUGUGAUGGUAUUGAAGAAGUUGUUUCAAAUAGAUAUGAUGAAAUUGAUGAAAUGGAUACAUCUAUAUCAUCUCACACGAGUACUUCCUUCCCUCAUCUUGAAAGACUCGAACUUCAUUUUCUGCCAUCCCUAAAGAGCAUCAAUGGAGGUAAUGUGAGGGGGAGGAGCAGGAGCUUUGGAAUCACCUCUGGUACUACAAUCACAACCACUUCCAUCAAUGAUCGGUUCAAUUGUUCUGAAGUUGGUGGUGUUACUUCUUGGUUCUUAUGCCAAUACUCCAAAAAGAUAUAUAUACGUAACUGUGGUGCCCUACCCAUGGGGUUUCCAUAUUGUGUAUCAGGACAACUGCAUAAGCUGGAAGAGUUGAUUAUAUCAAGAUGUGAGUCAAUGAUGGAGGUAUUUGAAAGUGAAGGGGUCAACAAAGAUGGUGUUCAUAGUACCAACGUUGGUGAUGAUGAUACAUGUACUACUACAAUGACCCUUCCAAGGUCGGCAAAUAUGACUUUGCUUCAAUUGCCCAACCUAACGGUAUUGAAAAUCUAUGGCUGUAAACUUUUGGAACAUAUAUUCACAAGUUACGCACUUGAAGGCCUCAAGCAACUCAAAGAAUUCACGGUAGAAGAAUGCAGAACAAUGCGAGUGAUUGUAAAGGAAGAUGGAGAGCACACAAAAGCAUCUAAAGUUAUUUCAUUCCCUCGUCUGAAGUCUCUUACACUUGCAAAUUUACCAAAUGUCAAUGGUUUCUUUUUGGGGAUGAAUGAGUUUAGAUGGCCAUCAUUGGAAAAGGUUAAGAUGUAUGGUUGCCCACAAUUGAUGAUCCUCACCUCUGGUCACUCAGUCGCUCCAAAGCUCACUCACAUUCAUACAGGUGUAGGGAAGCAUAGUCUCGCAUGUGGCCUCAACUUUCAUUUGUCAAAUGCAACAGACAAGCAUACUUUGAGCUCUACUCCAAAUAUGAUAAAGCCACUUCUGUACUCUUGGUGUUUUCCAAAUACGACAAACCUAGUUCAGUUCCCUUGGUCUUUUUCGAAUUUAGUUGAAGUAGAUGCACAGUCUGAUGACAAAUUUUUGAGAAGCCGCAUAAGUUUUACAUGCAACGAGUUGCUUAAUCUGAAGAAUCUUGAAAAGCUUCAUAUGGUUGGUGUCAAUGAGAUGAUCACCUUAGUAGAGGAGGUAUUUGAAGUAGUAGAAAGGAAAAAUGCUGAUGAGAAUCUGGAAACACAAUCUGUUGUGGUAUUUGAGAAGCUAAAAAAUGUGAUUCUCGAGAAUCUCUUCAACUUGAGUCAUAUUUGGAAAACCAAUCGGUGGAUUGUGUUGAGCUUUCCAAACCUUACAACGGUGUCUGUUACAGCAUGUCCACUUCUUGGACACGUUUUCACGUGUUGUAUGGUAGGUAGUUUAUUACAGCUCCAAGAGCUACACAUAAGUGAUUGCGAGAAAAUGGAUGUGAUUGUCAAGCAAGUUGAAGGUUCUGAAGCUAGACUUGCCAAGGUUGUGUUCCCUUGUCUAAAAUCCAUAACGCUUCACAAUCUUCCUAAUGUCAAGGGAUUUUGCUUGGGGAAGGAAGAUUUUCUGUGGCCAUCAUUAGAUACUUUGGAAAUUAAAGAUUGUCCAAAAGUUACGGUUUUCACUUGUGGACAAUCAACUACUCCGGAGCUAAAGUUAAUAAAUGCAACUUUUGGAUUGUGUCAUGCAACGGAAGACCCAAACUCUUUUAUAAGGACCAAACAAGAAGAGGGAUGGCAGUUCUAGAGAAUGAACAUAUUUAAACGUGCAGUUGGAUCAUUUUGAAGUUGGCUAUAAAGCUUAGGUAAGAUUACAAUAUUGUACCAGGGUCCAUGCCUUACCCAUGCUUCUGCUACACUUGUUUCAUUGGUCCAUAAUUAUGUACAAGUUUCUCUACCUCAUCUGAUUAAUUUUGACUUGUUGUCGUACUUGCUUUAUUACUCUUCCACUUUGGUUUAUUGAACUACUUCCUAGUUUCAAGUAAUCUCAUAAUAUUGAUUUGAGCUC